UAAUAAUGAACUCUACCUACUAGCCACAAUUGUGAUUACGAUUAAUUUCACGCAACUCCAUAAACCGAGCUAGAGGUCAUCAGAUUAUUGCCAAUCGACAAACAGUGGCUAGUAGUUCUGAAACAACUCUUUUGAACUUAUGGAAUCUCAAGUCAAUCAUCAACAGCAAGUAUUAAGGAUUUUAACCAGUAUGAAUAAUGAAUUAGCAGCACUAAAUCGUCAUGUAGCAGGAAAUGAUGGUGCUGUAGGACGAAAUAGUUCUGUCAACAUUAGUAAUAACCAGAUACGGACAUUUAAUUUUAACAGCAGUGGUCAUGAAAUUGAAGGUCCGGCAGAUGAAGUUGGAAAUAACCCUGCAUCAAAUUCCGAACAGCCAGGCGAAGGGAACCGUGGAAGACAUCACAUUAUUGAGGAACACAUACAACUACAUGAAGCAGCAAAACAUGGCGACUGGGCAUGGGCUGAAAAUUUUUUCAACGAUCAUCCUGAGAUGAUGACAGUAGAGAUCACAAACGAAAAAGAAACAGCACUUCAUAUAGCUGCAGAUCAUACAAAGUGGGCGUUUGUGGAAAACCUUGUACAACUCAUGCCAUCAGAAAAACUUGAACUACAGGAUAGUAAACAUGGAUUCACAGCACUUCACACUGCUGCCAUGGAAGGAAACACCAGAGUUGCUAAAUUGAUGGUGACAAGAAAUGGCGCUUUGACACAGAUACGUGAUAACUAUGGAAGAGUGCCACUCCACACAGCUGCGAAGUAUGUUUCGGAUGGACAAACUGAGGCUUUGAAAUAUCUUUAUUUUGCCACUAACAAAGAAGUCUUCGCUGGUCCUCAUGGUGCUUCCCUCCUGUGUGAUUUAAUUGAUUCUAAUUUUUACGAGAUCGAAUUGUCUCUUCUGCAACGGUUCCCAAAGUUAGUCAUCGAGAAGACGGACUCUGGUGUGUGUGCAUUAGAAGUGCUUGUUCGGAGACCAUUUUCCUUUCGAAGUGGAAAUAAGACAACAUGGUGGCAGAACCUUAUCUACCCUUUUCUUCAAAUCGACACAACCACCCGUAAUGAACAUGGCAGAAGUACAAAUUGUGAAACGGACACGACGAUUCCUACAGAAGUUCAUAGUAGUACAGUUUGUCAACCCGACACAGCGGCUCCCAGUCACCUUGGCAAUAGUACAGUUCAACUGGAUGAAAUGGCCUCAAAUGACAUUAGUUUGGCAUCUCCCUAUGAACUUGGCAGUAAUACAGAUCUUCAAGUGUGCAGAAUGGCAUCAAAUGGUGUUAGAAGCAGUACAGUUUUACAAGUGGAUACAACAACCCCAACUGACCUCGAUACUAUUCUUGAAAUGGAUACAGGGGCACCUACCGACCUUGACAACAGUAUAAUUCCUCAAGCGGGUUCAAUGGUUGGUAAUAAUGACUUUAGCAAUAGACUUCUCCAACUGGGUGAAACAUUUCCAAAUGACCUUGAUAGAAGUACUAGAGUUCUUCAAGUGCGCACAAUCAAUUCUAAUAACCUUGACAGCAGUACAGUUGCUCAAGUUGACAGAACAGCUCCAAGUGACCUUGAUCGAGCAGGCACAGAGAACCACCUUCCGGAAAGCUCGAGAAAGUUCUCGACAAUGUGUCGAGGAAAUAUAAUGAUUCUCUUCCUGGUCUACCUCAUCACCUACUUAACUCGAGUUCCUUUUAUUAGAAAUCUCUGCGAGCAGAAGUAUAUCAAUGAACAAGCCUAUAGAUUGGUGUCUAUUAUGUUAGAACAACUAGAUUUGACGAUGAACAAGUCAGAUAUUUUAGAUUUUUUUAAGACAUCUAGCCUCAUGAAGAGAGCUAUAACAUACGGAACAACUGAAGUUGUAGAACUGAGCCUCCAGAAGUUCCCUUACCUAAUUUGGUCUAAAAUGGAGCGGCAAACAGUGGUGCAAACUGCUAUUGGAGAAAGAAACGAAAAAGUAUUUAAUUUCAUAUGCAAAAAGAUGGAGGAAGACAUGGAUGAACUGAAUCACAGAAUUGAUGAAAGAGGUGACUCUAUCUUACACUAUGCUGCUAAUAUAGCACCCUCUACCCAAUUAAACUUGGUCUCUGGGGCUGCUCUUCAGAUGCAACGAGAAGUGCAGUGGUUCAAGGCGGUGGAAUUUAUUUUGCUUGAGAGAUACAGGCGAGUGAGAAACAAAGAUGGAUAUACUGCUCAGCAGAUAUUUAUAGACAAACACAAAGGCUUAGUGAAAGAAGGAGAAAAGUGGAUGAGAGAUACGGCACAAUCAUGUAUGUUAGUAGCAACACUAAUCUCCACGGUAGUGUUCGCUGCCGUUUUUACUGUACCUGGCGGUAAUUACAAUAAUGCUAAUGGAAACAUCAACGGCCUCCCAAUCCUUUUGAACAAGAAUUCUUUUAUUGUCUUUGCAGUAGCAGAUGCCUUAGCUCUAUUCUCUUCCGUUACAUCUAUUCUUAUGUUCUUGGCCAUUCUAACAUCACGAUAUUCAGAAGAAGAUUUUCUUAAAGCACUACCACAAAAGUUUAUACUAGGUCUCGGGACUCUCUUCUUUUCAAUAGCCACCAUGAUGAUAUCCUUUGGUUCAGCGGUGGAUAUUAUGCUUUCCCAGAGAUUGGCGUGGAUUAUAGUUCCUAUAAUAUUGCUUGGUUGCAUGCCAGUGAAAUUGUUUCUGUGGAUGUUAUUUCCGCUGUUUGUUGAAAUGAUUCAUUGCACAUAUUGUCCUACCAAAUUUCAUCAAAGAACUACCAAACGUAAGGCUAAGCGGAUUAAUUAGUAUAUAUUGCAAUCACUUACAAGAAUGUUGUUUUUUCUUUCAUAUUCUCUCUUUUUUAUUUUUUUCUGGUGAAACUAUAGUUUGUGAACGUAAUGAAGUCAACUGUUAACUGGAAGAUGUUUAGUUAUUCUCAGUGAUGCAUACUUAUAUUUAGUAUGUUCACUUAAAUUAAAACACGAAAGUGAAUAAGAUAAUUAUGAAAGUGCUUACUUGUAUAUGAUAAAUUAACUUCAAAAGUUAA